CGCGCCGCGCCGGCCACCCGUAGCCCGCCCGAACCCCAACAUUAUCAACACGAGUCCGCGCUAUCAGUGGAUUGUGCAAGUGAUACUGACUUCACGCGUGAUACAAGUGUUAACUGAGUGUUGUGGGUGACAGCAAUUAGAACUCAGCGGCGAUUCUUUAGCAGUUUACAACCCUCGAUUCGCUCGGUGAGUGCACUUGAGUUUGACGUGUGAGUGCUCUCAUGGGAAAACUCUAAUAGCUAAAAUAAUGAUGUUUACAUGAGGAGUAGAACUGUGUCACAAUCAAUGGAAUAAGUAUGAACGAGUUGUCAAGUGGCGUAAUAAAGAAAGGGCGAUAUGGGAUGAGAGAGUGCAAGUGAGAGGCCACGAUGGGGACAAAGAUGCUGCUUUCGCUUUUGUUGCACUGCUUCUACGUGACUACGGCUUCGAGUCCCGGCACAGGUCUAGGGGUUCUGUCAGCGCUGAGCAGCGUAGAGAGAACAGAGAGGCCCUACUUUGACGAUGUGUCUCCGAGGAAUGUAUCGGCAGUGGUUGGCGAAUCGGCGGUGCUACGAUGUCGUGCAAAACACAUAGGAAAUAGAACUGUCUCAUGGAUGCGGAAGCGUGACCUGCAUAUUCUGACCUCUCACAUCUUCACCUACACUGGAGAUGCAAGGUUCAGUGUUCUACAUCCAGAACCCUCAGACGACUGGGACCUGAAGAUUGACUACGUCCAGCCCCGAGAUGCGGGCGUCUACGAGUGUCAAAUCAACACUGAGCCUAAAAUUAAUAUGGCCGUUAUGCUUAGCGUUGAAGAUGAGUCCUUCACCCCCGCGCCCCAGCCUCCGCCCCGAUCCUCAGCUGCUGCGGCCACUAUUUGGGGAUCGCAAGACGUGUACGUAAAGAAAGGCAGCACGAUAUCGUUGACCUGCUCCGUCAAUGUCCACUCCUCGCCUCCCUCCAGCGCUUCAGUGCUGUGGUACCACGGCAAUGCUGUGGUGGACUUUGAUUCACCUCGAGGAGGAAUUAGCUUGGAGACAGAAAAGACGGAAGGCGGUACUACUAGCAAGCUACUAGUCACCAAGGCUGCGCUGACAGAUUCUGGAAACUAUACCUGUGUUCCUAAUAAUGCGCACCCGGCUUCUGUUUCCGUUCAUGUACUCAACGGCGAGCAUCCGGCCGCAAUGCAGACGAGUAACCGAGCCACAUACCUAACAUCUCAGCUAAGUUGUGCUCUCUUCACGUAUCUACUCUCCUCGAUGGCUGGCAGAUGAUCACCUUUCCCACUCAUGAUUUGAGAUGGAAAUUUUUGUUACAUGAACUUAACUCGCACUAAGAAUAUUUUUAAAAUGUGAAAUUCUUUAUACAUUGUUAGCUGUUAAAAUAAUGCAUGAAAUGAAAAUAAAUGUUUUAAUUUAAUUAUUGUCCAGUCCAAAUUCUAGAUAAAUAUGAUGCAUACAAAAAGACGCGUAAAAUAUCGUAGCAGAGAAAUAAAAUACAAUAAAGUGCGCUUUUGCUUCCACUGAAUUUAUGAACUGAAACGGCCAUUCAGAGAACUCUUUAUUUCGGUAUAAAUGCAACCUGAAAUAGACAACAAUAAUAAGUUUAUCAAUUGAUUGGAUUUAUACUUAUAAUUACAGCAAAUAUAAUCUAAUUUAUCUUUGAGUAAUUUGUUUUCUGCCCAUUGAGUCGUGUGAUCUUUAGAAACAAACAAAAAUUUCGUCUCAAAUAACGUGAUUUAAUUGGAUUAUUUAUUUGAAAUACGGUAGAACAAUAAAUCUAAGAACUCCUUCGACAUAUGUAUAGCAUUGAUAUUCUCCUAAAAUCUGGUUCUUUAUAUUGUUUAAUAAACAACGAAAUUACUCUUAAGCCAGGCAGUGCUGCAGUACAAUUAUUAUUAAAUCAUAUGUUUUUUCGCUCUUUUCUAUUUGAAUUAGUCAAUGGCUAAUUAUGAGAAGAUGAUAUUGUUAUAUAUAGCUUAAUGUUUCACACGUGAUUACAAAGAACUAACUAAGGAAAUCCUCAAUUAUUCUUUAACAUUUAAAUUUGUUUGUAUUUAGAAAGAUUUUUGAAAUCACGUAAUCAAUAUAGCUAUAUUAUAAGCCUAACCGAUAAAUCAACACAUUAUGAAUGCUUAUAAAGUCCUAAUUUAUUAAUUACUCUAAGUACUGAAAAUAUGUGAUAUUAUUUUACGAUAUUAUCGAAACCAAUGUUUGCAGAUUAUGUAAGACGUUAUAACGUACCCACUACAUGAAAACGGUGAAGUUUAACCUUAAACAAAGGCAAACUGCACGACUUAGGACAAAUCUUUACGAAAUAUAUUAAAAUUAGACUAAUAUAAUACAAAUAGUAUUAUUGUUAGAUGUUAAGUAAGUGUAAAAAAACGCCAUUUUACGGGUUCAAUGUAAAAAUAUUAUUUCGUAAAGAUAGCUUCCUUCUUCAAUUUACAUUCCAUUACGAAUAAUUUGUAAAUGGCCAGGAUGUAAAUAAAAUAAAUACGUAAAUAAGACUAAUGCGUUGUAAAUAGUUAUUGUGUAAAUAAAAUUAUUAUCAGUUAGUAGUUGCAGUUGAGAUGUUUACGUUGUUCUUAGAACAUAAUUUACUAGGUGAAUGAGAGGGAGAUCUCUUCUCGACUACCUUUGAGGUAAAUUUUAGGUAAUUUAUCAACUCCAAUCAAUGACCGCUUAAAACAGGACUGUGAUUAAAAACUGGGUAAGUUCGCUGUCAUAUUCGGAAGUUUAAAACGCGGAAUUUAAAACACAAAGUACGAAAGAAAGAAAAAAAAUUCCGCCAGUCAAGCUGCACUUGCACCGUGACGUCGGCCAUUGUCUCUCGUAAAUAAAGACAAGAGACAAAAGAUCAACAAUGUGCCAGUUUUGCAAAGAUUUCUCAUUAAUACUGAGGUACAGAUGCGGCUCUUGUUAGAGGCUUUUUAAGGAAAAACUACUACUACUCCAGGGGUGGCCACUUUUUCUAUAAAAAAGGUAGGUACCUAUCGGAAACUCAGAAUAUAACAAAAUCGCUGUUAGCUUAUCAUUGAAUUUCUAACAAGAGAUCUCCCUAAUAUAAUUAGAAAAUAAAGACAAAUAAAUUAAAUGAUUAUUAAAAUUCUAUCGACUGUUUUCAUAAAUUAAUCUUUUAACCAUUCUGUUAACAUAAUGUAGUUUUAAAUUACGCUUCAAUCAUCGCUUUCAAAAUGGCAAUUGACAGUCACAUAAAAAAGUAUUACCUUUUUAGUAGUUACUAGUUUUAAUUUAAAGAAAAAUCGCUAAGAUUUUGACACAAACUGAGCGAAGCGUAAUUUUAAACAUGUCUAAACUCCUCUUUCCAUAAAUUCUUGUAAAGUAAAAUAACUAAUAUAGUUGUAGAUGGUCGUAACUAGCUAUGUUCCUUAGUAGCAGUUAUAUACGGGCUAAUUUGUACGUAUGUACGUUUUUAAGAGAAUGUUACUCAUCGGAAUAUUAAUUUUCUUUUGUAUUUUGUAAAUAUCGUAAUGAGGACAGGAGU